AUGCCGGCCUACAACUCCAUGUUCAACAACGACCCCAACAUCCCGCGUCUGGUCGGGAACUUCCCCCUGCUCCCCCUCCGCACCAAGACCCGGGGCCCGGCCUACGUGCUGCCGCAGCCCAACCCGCCUCUGCCCGCCAACGAGAGCCCGGACCCGGACGCGGAGUCGUACGACGUGCUCGACGAGGUGCUCUCGCUCUUCCGCGCCAACACCUUCUUCCGCAACUUCGAGAUCCAGGGCCCGGCCGACCGCCUCCUCAUCUACGGCAUCCUCUUCGUGAGCGAAUGCCUCGGCAAGAUCAAACCCCAGCACUCGUUGAGGGAUGCUACGAAGGAGGUCUUAAACACCGCCUUGGAUCUCAACUUUGCUAUUCCCGGUGACCCUGCUUUCCCCCUUAAUCAGAUCUAUGAGCCCCCGCGAGACAGACAGGACGCCGAGCAACUACGACAAUACCUAUCCCAGGUGCGGCAAGAGCUUGCUGCACGUUUAUUAGCCAGAGUGUACGAUGAGGAGGGGGACGGGAAGCCGAGCAAGUGGUGGUUGAGUUUCACGAAGAGAAAGUUCAUGGGCAAGGCAUUGUAA